AUGUCUCAGGAAGAAGUCGCCCCAGUCCUUGUUGCCGGAGCAGGCCCCGCGGGAUUGACCCUUGCUCUCAUCCUCGCGAAGAGCGGCGUCCCCGUCCGUAUCAUCAACAAAGCCUCAAGCUUCCAUAAGGAGCAGCGUGGUCUCGGCCUGCAGCCCCGGACACAGGAGAUCUUCCACUUCCUGGGUGUCUUGCCGGAGAUGCGGACCUUGGGAAUCGACCUGCAGCCGCUCAAGUUCUACAAGUUUCCGGGCGGGAAAGAGGUGCUGACGACGCUGCAUCUUGUCAUGCCGGAGGACCCCACGCCCAGUCGGCCGUUUAACAACCCCAUUCAGGUGCCGCAGCAUCAUACCGAGGCUGUGCUGCGAUCGCAUCUUGCGAAGUACGGCUGCUCGGUGGAGCUGAACACGGAGCUCAUCGCGCUUGAGCGGUUCGACGAUCACGUCGAGGUCACUGUCAAGAAAACCGUGGACGGCGAGGAGGUACUCGAGACGAAGAGUUACCGAUGGCUCAUCGGCGCGGAUGGGGGCAGAAGUGUGGUGCGUAAGCAGAGCGGGCUCUCGUUCGAGGGAGAGUCCAGUCCGGAGAAAGCGGUACUAGGAGAGGUGUACUUGGAUGAACUGGAUCCCUAUCACUGGCACAUGUGGCUCAAGUAUACAGAUGGCCCGCCGACGAAUCAAGGGAAGUUCUGGUUCAUGCUGUCCGGCAAUGUCGACCCGGAAAAGAUCCUGGAAAGCGACGAAUCCGUGAAGGAGGCUCUGCGGCUGGCGAGCGAACGUGACGACCUGCCCUUGGGCGAGAUCGUCCACAAGACCGACUACAGGUGA